GAGGAGCCCAUGGUUCGUAGCCUUGUCUUAUAAAUAGCAUAGGGGUAGAUAGUGCUGAAGGAUCAGCGGAGUUGCUGAGGCAGUACUAUUACAUACCCAAUUGUGCAGGAGUAGAAAGGCAAGGAAGAAGAAGAAGAAGAAGAAGAAGAAGAAGAAGAAGAAGAAGAAGAAGAAGAAGAAGAAGAGGGACGAGCAGCGAUGCAGGCGUCACUCUUCCAUGCUCCCCAGGUCCGGCCCACAGCCGCGCCAUGGCGACAACCUUCCAUGCACCUACAGCUUGCUGGACGCCGGCCACAUGGGUUGAAGCAUUGUGGGGCAUCGAUGGAGCAGUCUCGGUUUUUGCACUCUGGAACAAGCAGUGCGUCUGCAGCCCAUGAGAAAAGCAGAGCUGAGUUGACCAUCCCCGCUGCGUUAACAAUGGGAAUGGAGGGUCUGACGGCGGCCUCGUCGCCUCUCCUCAUGGGCGCCAUCACUCUCGUCGGGGCAGUCCUCUACCUGCUCGGCAGAGGGAGGAAGACCGCCGGAAAAGGAGAGCUGCCCCCAGGCCCGUCGACUCUGGAAUUCCUGGCCAUGUUCUUCAAGCUCCGACGCUCCGUCUUCCACGUCGGCCCCAUCCUCCGCGAGCUGCACGCGCGCUACGGCGGCAUCAUCUCCGUCCGCCUCUUCAAGACGCUCGUCUUCGUCCAGGACCGCGCCAUCGCGCACCGCAUGCUCGUCCAGGGCGGCGCCACCUUCGCCGACCGCCCCGCCACGUUCUACGACCCGUGGCCCGUCUUCUUCACCCGCUCCAUCAUCACCGCGACCUACGGGCCCUACUGGCGCCGCGUGCGCCGCAACCUCGCCGAGGCGCUCAACCCGGCACGGGUCGCCCGCUUCGAGAAGGCCAGGCGGCGCACCCGCGACUCGCUUCUCGCCCGGCUUGCCUCCGCCACCGGCGACGGCGAGCCCGUCAAGGUGAGGAUGAUAUUCCGCCGCACCAUGUUCGACCUGCUCACGUACAUGAGCCUCGGGUCCGGGGUCAGCACGCCGGUGCUGGACCACCUCUUCGCCCUGCAGAUCAAGAUGUUCAACGCCGUCAUGAGCUUCCCCGUCUUCUCCUUCCUCCCGGCAAUCACCAAAAAGAUAUUCUGGAAGCGGUGGGCGUACUACGAGGACUUGGCGAAAACACGCCAAGAGAUCUUCCUCCCGCUGCUCCAGGCGAGGCGAGCCUUGCCCUCGCCAUCGCCAUCGCCCUCGCCCUCGCCCACCAGCAACUCCACCACCGUCGAGGAGGACAAUGAUCCGCCGUGCUACGCGGACACCCUCCUCGCGAUGCGCCUGCCGGACGAAGGCGACCGCGCCUUAACCGACGCGGAGAUCACCACGCUCACCGCGGAGGUCAUGGUCGCCGGCACGGACACCACGGCCACCUUGUUCGAGUGGAUCAUGGCGGAGCUGGUGAACCACCCAGACGUGCAAGCCAAGCUCUACGACGAGGUGAGGGGCGAGGGGGAGCUCAAGGAAGGCGACCUCCGCGGGAUGCGGUACCUCAAGGCCGUCGUGCUCGAGGGCAUGCGGAUGCACCCCGGAGCGCACCUGAUUUUCACCCACAGGGCCAUGGAAGACACGGACAUCGGCGACUACACGGUGCCCAAGGACGCCCAGGUCCACUUCCUCGUCGCCGACUACGGGCUCGACGAGUCGGUGUGGACGGAGCCACACGAGUUCCGGCCGGAGCGGUUCCUGGACGGCGGCGAGGGCUGCGGCGUGGACGUCACGGGGAGCAGGGAGGUCAAGAUGAUGCCUUUCGGCGCCGGACGCCGGUUGUGCCCCGGCUACUCCCUCGCCACCCUGCACUUGGAGUACUUCGUCGGCACCCUCAUCAAGGAGUUCCAGUGGCUGCCGGCGGUUCAAGGACAAAAGGUCGACAUGACUGAGGAUUUGGAUACCCUCAUCGUCCUCAAGGACCCGCUUCGUGCUCGCCUCGUUCCGAGGACAUCGAGUUAAUUACAUAUAUCAAAGAAUUAAUGUUGUGCGUUCGAGAUGUAUUUUUUUUCCCUUUGUCGUAAUAAUCUGCUCGAGAAUUAAUGUUCGACAGCUGAAGUUGUUGUUCAAUAACCUUGUCGUC